GGGGGGAAGAGAGAGAGCACAAAAAGUGAAGAAGAGGGGAGAGCAGAGAAAGCAAAAAGGAGAAACAGGAGAUAGAGAGAGUGAGCAGCGGGGGAGAGAGAGAGAGUGAGUGAAUUCCAACAAAUUCAGUUUCAUUUUGUGAAUCUGGCAGUCUUUAGAAUUUCAUUUCCUUUGUUGUUUUUUUUCCGGUUGUUUUCGCCGUUAAAAAUGGUGGAAAUCCGGCGAAUUAUUUAAUUGACGGGAGAAAUUUGUAGUGUUAAUGGAGAGAAGCAGAGAUUUGCGAAGAGCGACUAUUUCUACCGUCAACGGUUUGCCGAGGCGACGGCAGAGAAUCACUACUCUCAGAGAUUCAACUGACGAGUAUAGACAGAUGGAAUUGCAGGAAACAGCGAGGUUAAGAGAUCGAGAGCGGUUACAGAGGAAGGACCGGGAUCGAGAGUUUCCGAAGAGAAGAAGAGUUGAUAGGUCAGCGGUGCAGCAGAGGAGUGGUGGUGGUGAAAGUUUUCGAGAGACCGAGAGUACGGACUCUAGUGAUGAAGAGUACUACGAAGAGGAAGAGGAGACAAGUAUUCAUCGGCAAAAUCGGAUGAAUCAAGUAUCGCCAACGAACUCUUCUCUGUCGAAUAACCGGCGGGGCCUGUACUCUCCGGUGCUCAGCCCCGCCGCCGAUGAAAUACUUGGUGUUCCUGUACCCCGAAGAGCUCGCUCUGCUUCGGCAAAGAGGUUGCAUGAGUACUGGAAUUCAGGCAGCGGCGGAUUUGGAGAGGACUCGAUCCACCGGAGAUUUUCUCCGUCUCCGGCAACGGUGAGUCUGAUUGGUUGCGGCGGCGCUUCCUCGUCAUCCUCCGGUGCUUCAUUGAAGAAGAAGAUGAAAUGUUUAGAGCCGAGAACACGGGUUUUGAUGAGUGCAUCGAAUCCCAAGCCUUCUUCUGUGAUUCAAGAUGAUAUCGAGAUCGAGGUCGCUGAAGCACUGUUCGAUCUGAUGAAACAAUCGCAGUCGCAAUCCCAGUCUUCCCCAAAUGAGGAAAAGGUGGAUAGAGAUAGCACAGACACAUCUGAUGAUGAGUUAAAGAGGUUAAAAGCUGAUGGUGGUAAAGAUGAGAAUAAUGCCUUUUCAUUUCAAAAUGAGCAAUCAAUAAAAGUGAAUGCCGAAACAAAUAUAGUUGACUCAAUGAAACUGCUGAAGAAAGAAGGAAGGAUUGAGAAAGAGAAAUUUCCGGAUGAACCAGCUCAAGAAUUAGUGAGUGGAGAUGCGUUUGUGAAUAAAGGAAAUGUGGGGUCUCCAAAAGAAAGCAAAUCGCCAUCAUGUGUUAAAGUAAAUGCUUGUGAUAUUCAGGACCCGACAGUGACAAAAGCGGAUAAUCCACCAAUUGGAGUUGAUGCUAAGAAGGAAGCCAAGCUAGAGAUUGAUUUGAUGGCUCCUCCUCCUUUGCCAUCAUCUCCGGAGAGAGUUGCCUUGGUUGAUAUAGUAAUUGGUGCUAAAUUUAUGACUGAGGAUGUUCAAAAGAAGAGUGAUAACAUUUCAAAGAAUGGUCCCUCGGAGAUUGCAAUUCGGAUGCAGGAGGGGAAUAAUCAAUUGCCAAACCCUGAGUUGGGUGAGUUGGAAAAGCGUAGGCCUGAUGUCUUGAGUUUCAGUGACUGUACUACCCCACAGCAGCAGGAUCGGAAGGAGCAGAAAAAUCAAUCGACAAGUUCCUUGUUACCUUUCCCUAUUGGCAUGAGUAGCUGGGCUGGUGUUCUUCCUCAUCCAGGCUACAAGUCACCUCUACAAGCAGUUUUGCCAAUAGAUGGAAGUGCUAGAUCUUCAAGGACAACUGAGCUCCCUCCAUUUAAGUUUUCACAGCCUCGAACAAAGAGAUGUGCAACUCAUCAAUGCCUUGCCCACAACAUUUAUUCUCAUCAGCAACACAUCAAGAAGACUUUAUCAUCUGGGCCAACUGGUCCUUCUACUUUGUAUGGAACGAAGCCCGUGAACCUAAAAUCCAUGUUACCAACACAGAAGUUAAUUCCUGGAAAUAUGUUGUUCGGAGACCUCCAAGGAGGGCAGAGUAUGGUAACUGUUUCAGGGGGAAGUGGAAAAGAUAAAAGCUCUGAUGCUGCUUCAGCUUUGAAUACAACAAGUGGCAAGUCUGUGCUUCAACAAGCUUCACAUCAAGCUCCAGCUAAUCAUUUUCUGCAUGGACCUGGUUUUAUCUUUCCACUUGGUCAUCAUCAAACAACUAUGAUGGCACCCGCUAAUUCUUCUGGACAACCUCAAUCUGCUUCAGCUGGUCAUGCAUCUUUGUCCUCUAAUUCAGCUGGGAGGCCUUCAGUAAACUUACCCUUGCCUGGAGGAGCAGCUGCUGUGAGCUUUAAUCAUCCAUUGUUUCCCUCCAAUGAAGCAGCUCCAUACAUCGCAUUGUUACAGAACAAUGGUUGCCCGGUUCCUAUUUCAACAAAUUUUGCUAUGCCUCCUUUCAAAGGAGGAUCCCCCACUAUGCCCUUCUUGAACUCCUCUUACUAUUCUUCACCUCUGUUUAAUGUUCAAAAUCAGCAGCAGUUAUCCCUUCCUCGUACUCCAGUCCAAUCAGCUUCUCAAAAUACGAGCACAUUUAGUGGCUCAUCAUCCCACAAAAAACCACAGUGUGAGCAGCAGACCAGUACAAAAACCAGGGAUAGUAAGUUUCCUACUCCAGUAAAUGCACAUCCACCGCAGCCAGAGAGGCUACUCCAGCCAUCCCACUCAGCUAGCAAGUCUGACACAGAAGUCAGUAGGAAAAGUGGUGCGUCGCCUGCUGAUGGCUUGGUGUCUCAAUUGGUGAAACCUAAUAAUGGCCAAACCAGUUCAUUUCCUGUCCAACCGAUGAACUUUGGAGUGAUCCCACCUGUGUCGAUUGGAGGUGGUGCUGUUGGGAAUAAGCAUGGUGAUCCUCAGCAGGGCUCUAAGGGUGGGGUUGAGCUCAUCCCUCAAGCGCUUGCCUUGUCUUUUGGUUCAAAUCCUUCCAUAAAUCCAGCACUUGACUUCUCAUCAAUGGUGCAAAACUCUGAUAUCUUCCAUAUGCUUCCUGAUACGGCUCGGAAUGCUAAUCAGAUGGCACCUCAUUCCCAGAUGGCACAACAGAAGAAUUUCCAGGCAUCUGAAGGAAAAUAUCCAUUGGUUGGUGCUGCUGUGACAUCUGGUGUUUCGGUUACAAUCCCAAACUUCCAGCCGCAUCAGCAUCAACAGCACUUGGUCCAGCUCCAGAAGCAUCAUAUGCAGCAGCUUACUGGUGCAGCUCAAGUCAAGGCCUCCGCUCCUAACAGCAUUCCUGGCUCUUUCCUUGCUGGUAGUUUCCCCAGUAACAACCCUGUUUUCACACAAGUGUCUGUCCAAACUGAUAAUCCAUCCUUUCCCCCUAUGUGGGAGAACUUCUCUAGAGCCACAGCUCCUGAAGGUUCAUCACAGUCUGCCUCUUCAAGCCUUGUUAACAUGCCCCAAGUGAAAAGUUCUCAUGGCCAGACUCACAUAUCUUUUGGGGAUGGUUCAGUCCCUGCUGCAUCAUUUCAAGGGCAACAGCUUGUCAUCAAAAGUCAGCCAGUCCCUUCUUUUGUUGUCGGUUGUCCUCUGAACUCUUCUAUGUCAAAAAAUACAGGUAGCAGCCUAAGAACUGCCCCCACUCUUGGUAAAGCUGCCUCAACUAUUUCAGCAUUACCAUGCCAAGAAACAGAGGCUUCUCUGAAUGGACCCAGCCAGAAGACGUCCCCUUCUUGCAGAAGAAACGUGCCAUCAAUUUUAAGCACAUGCCCAAGCCAACUCUCGGAGCUCAAGUAUUAAUAAGCUUUGCUGCAAUGAGGUUAUGAAAGUGCAAGAUGCAGCCCAGAUAUUACAUUACAUCUCAUGUGGUAACCAGCCUGCUGCAGCAAAUUGGAGGCAAACAUCAGUCGGUUCUUGUGAUUGUUUAGCGGUAGCAAUCCGCUUGCAAUUUUUGUCUCGCAGCAAAGGAUGAUGACGUGCUGCCAACAAGUGGGAAUGUAUUAGUGUUGCUCACAAAAUCACAUUGAAUGUGUUUGGUGAAAGUUGAGAAUUGAGAAAAGUGAGGAAGGGGGGAGAUAAGGAGGAAAAGUCGUAAUAUGAGAAGUGAAACAAAAGCUAGUGAUAAAGUAGGGCCGGUGAACUUAUCAAGUUAGCUUCAAAGUUUUGGAAUUUAUUAGGGCUGCAGUUUUAGUACUUAUUUAUGAGUUGGCUGCCAACCCUACUACUGAAUGUAUAGACAGACUAAUCUUUGUUAUAAUCAUAGAAUUCCAUUCUUUCAUAA